AUAUUCGUCUACCUAUUACUUAUAAUGUAUCAGAUAAACUUAUCAGUAUGCUGGAAAUUGGAUAAUUAUAAUAUUUUGUACGCAAAUCAAGAUAUUUUAUACAAUUGCCCUUUAAAUUCGAUGUGUCGCUGUUUUCCCAACGAUACAAAGUUGCUGGAAAUCAACUGUAACGAAGUGACUUUGUAUAAAUUUCCAGAGUUUUUACAUGGUACGAUUAGACAUAUUGAAAUGUCUCAUACGCUAAUACAGAAUGUAGAUGAUGAAACAUUUCAAGGACUGCGUUUAGAGUCGCUCAAAUUAGUUAAUAACAAAUUGAUAGAAUUUUCUGAGAAAAGUUUUAGCUUUAUGACGCAUUCGCUGAUAUCGUUAGAUAUAUCAGGAAAUCUCUUUCAAUCAGUACCAUUAGAAUCAAUAAAAUCAAUUCACACUCUAAGUAGACUGAUAGCACAAAGAAAGGCUUCAAUUAUACUUUCAAUUCAUAGUUUAUCUUCAUCUCAUUUUACCUUUUUUUCUAUCUUUUAUUCUAUUCACAGAAACUUUAUACAACAUCUCGAUGGUAAUUGGGGUAAUUUAGCUGAUUCCUUACGAAGUUUGCAUUUAUCCGAAAACUCAAUUAGUGAAAUAACUUUUAAUCACGAUGAAAAGAAACAUAAUUAUUCGACAUCAGCUUUAUCUUCAUUACCCGCAUUGAUUCAGAUGCAUCAUCCUAUCGUGCCAGAAUCAUCAACAACGGGAAAGCAACAACCGUAUAAAACUUUCUCAAAACUUAAGAAAUUGGUGUGGCUCGAUUUAAGCUCGAAUCGUAUUCAGCACAUAGGAUCAAAUACACUUCCAAAGACUUUAGUAACAUUAGAUUUAUCGAGGAACUUACUAUCGAUGUUUCCUACAAAUAUGUUGGAACAUCUACAUGACCUAAGGAUAUUGUCAUUGCGAGACAAUUUAUUAACAAAAUUAAACGACAUCAACUUUCAAACAUUCAAAACACAUCUAGAAAAGAUCGAUUUGAGUCAAAAUAACAUCGAUGAAUUACCAGGUCAUUUAUUCAAUAGCACGACACCCAUAAAAGCCAUUAAUUUUGAUAAGAAUUUUAUAACUUACGUGCCAUCGGAGGCAUUUAGAAACAUGAAUAUUGUGCAUUUAGUCCUAUCAUAUAAUCAUUUGAAAGACAUCGAUUUAAAUGCAUUUGCAACGUUGGAAGAGAGUCUUGAAUAUCUUGACUUGGAACGGAAUUUCUUAACGACCAUCCCAAUGGCCAUUUACAAUCUGAACAAAUUACGCUACCUUUACUUCACAUCAAAUGCAAUAAGUUCAGUUGAUAUGCUUCCAGCAACAUUGAAAGUGUUAUCAUUGAGCAGCAAUAACUUUAGUCGAAUACCGGUUGAAGUUCUUAUCAAUUGCACUGAGCUAUCAUAUCUUAACAUGGGAUACAAUAAGCUUACAAAUAUCGAUUCGAAUAGUUUUGUUGGAUGGGGAAGUGAAAUUCAGACACUCUUACUUCGAAACAAUAAAAUUUCUGAUCUUGAAUAUGGCGCUUUCAACGGUCUCGACUCGAUUAAGGAAAUCAGUUUGAGUUUCAAUGAUAUUCACAAUAUUCAUCCAUUGGUGUUUGAGAACGUAUCGAAGUCAUUAAAAAUUCUCGAGCUAUCAUUUAGUAUUUACAGUGAGGAUUAUCCACAAGAAGCUAUCUCAUAUCUCAACGAACUUAUGUGGCUCGGAUUGGACAAUAACAAUUUGAAACUAAUACCGGACGAUUCGUUAUCGACCCUUUUCGAGUUGACUUACAUAAACUUAUCAUUCAAUCGCUUAACGCUGAUCCCUCAGCAACUUUUUUUGGUUGAUAUUCAUCGAAAUUUGCUCGAAAUCGAUUUGUCGUAUAAUGCGAUAGAGAAAAUAACAUCGCAAACAUUCAACGGAUUGGAAUUGCUGCAAUUAAUCAAUUUAUCAUCAAAUAAGAUCAAGUCUAUAGAGAAGUCAUCGUUCCAUCAUCUACCCUACUUGACUUACAUCGACUUGACGUACAAUCAGUUGAGAAAUUUAAGCGAAAAUGCUUUCGAAUUUCUGCCAAAUCUUCUUAGCAUAGAAUUAAUGUUCAACAAUCUUUUCACGUUCUCAUUAAAAUGCUUUAAACACGUUUCGAACACAUCAACACCCAUGUCAAUAAACAUCAGCAACAAUGCAAUCCAUCAUUUUGACGGUGAGUUAAGUACAUAUCUCUACAUUCAUUCAUUGGAUGCCAGUAACAAUCAAUUGAGUGAACCACAAGCAUUUAAAAACAUUGGCUAUUCGCUAAGAGUUCUCUACCUAAAUGGAAAUAAUUUGAGUCUUUUGGGAAAUCACGCGUUUGGAGAUUUGCCGCUUUUGGAAAUUUUAAAUUUAGCCUUCAACAACAUUACUUCACUGCGAAGGAGAAGUUUCCAAGGACUUUCAAAUCUGCAAGAGCUCGACUUGAGCUAUAAUAAAAUUGAGUCGCUUCAGGUUGAACAAUUUUUCAAUUUAAAGAAAUUGCGAUAUUUGAAAUUGAACAACAACAAUAUUCGAAGUUUGCCACGUGACGUUUUUCUCAACACGCGCAUUGAAUAUCUCGAUUUAUCAAACAAUUACAUAUCGAUAUGGCCAGUCAAUUCCUUCUCGGAUGUCGGAUUUACGCUUCGUUCAGUUCGCAUAAACGCAAAUCAACUGGAAUAUUUAGACUCAACGAUGUUUAUGAACACACAGUAUUUGACAGAGCUGAACUUAUCGUAUAAUCAAUUGAAGAUUUUACCUGACAACACGUUUUCAACACUAAAUAAUUUGACAUCAUUAGAUUUGAGCUUUAAUCCUUUGAUAACAGCAAAUUUUCGAGAAUUACUUUUAAACGUUCCACAACUUAGAUUUCUUAAUUUAAAGUCUACGGGUUUGUAUUCAGUGCCGACAAUGUAUUUGACGUACCUAAUUGAGCUUGAUUUGAGUAAGAAUCAAAUUCAAGAUGUUGACUCUCUUCUUGACUUGAAAUACUUGAGAAAAUUAAGUCUUUCAGAUAAUAAAAUUUUUAAUAUAACAACAUUGGCACGUAACUUGCCGCCGUCAUUGCGUUCGCUUGACAUCUCAAGAAAUCCUAUUCGGAAAAUUUCACUGCAUGAUUUCACGCCAAUAAGACGUCUGGAAGAGAUGGCAAUAGAAGAUGUAAAGAUAUCAAACACAGAUGCUUUCAUUAAAUUGCAUAGCUUGAAAGUACUACGGAUAUGUUCGCAACAUAAUUUAAGCGACAUCAUAUCGAAAAUGCGCGGUUUACGUGAACUCUACAUCACCGUUUACGAUCAUCGAUUAGAUGGGAAAUAUUUUGGUAAAAUGUUGUCAAAUACAAAGCUCAAUUUAAUUGAUAUUAGCGGACAUAAAUUGCGAUCAAUUUCUUCAAAUGCAUUUCAUGGUUUGGCACGAAAUUUGUAUUUGAAAAUUCGAAUUCGGAAAACGAUGAUUAGUGAUUUACCGACAAAUCUAUUUUAUGCCUUAAAACAUAUACCAAAAUUGUCAAUCGACCUUAUUGAUAACAAAUUGUCGAGGUUUUCGCCCGAUAUAUUCUAUCCUAACACGAGCGCUUGGGACGCUGUUGGAACGAGAAGCAUUAUGGGUGGAAUUAGUACGAUGGGAAACACAUUGCCAUGUGAUUGUGAUCACGUCUGGUAUGGACAUUGGUUAAGACGCUGGCUACGUGAGACGGCACAAGUUAAUGUAGUAACAAAAGAUGAAGCCAAGCGAAUGCUCAAGAGAGCUCGACAAAGUACGUGCAUCGAUCUGAUGAGUGGGAAGCGUAUCUCAUUUCUGGAAAUAUUCCCAGAGGACCUCUUAUGUCAUGCAUCAGCAUUAAGUAGCUUAGGACUCACAUUGAAAUUUAAGUAUUUGUUAUUAUAUCUCAGUGCAGUUGCAUUUUUUUCGUGGAGAACUUUUUUGUAAAAUUUUAUAAAUAGAAACAACAUUUAUUUUUCUUAAUGUAAUCCCUGAUGAUAAAUGAAUGAAUUAGUUGAAAAUUUAAUAAGUUUAAUGAGAAAAACUUUUUCAAGUUUUUCAAAUAUAGGAAAAAAUAAUUUCAGUGACGGCAACGUUAAUUAAUUUUUAAAUGAUAUUUUAAUUUCCCAAAUGCACUAAAAUUUCACCAAACAAUGUCAAAUAAAGUAAUUAAAACAUUGGUAGGUGAAUAUAGAUCAAGAAUCGUGAUCUUUGUAGAAAAUUUCCUUGAAAACUAUUAACAUAAAUAUAAGAAAUGAUUUAAUUAGAUAUUAAUGGAAAAGUAACAUAAAAUGAAAGCAUAACUUUUUAUAUCGGUCCGUUAGAUUUUAAGUCUUUAUCAAGAAGCGACAUCGUCGUUCAUUUAGAAUCAAUUUUCACCGACUGUGUUUUCCAAACAUCCUAACAUUACUUUUUUUCCAAAUUAAAACUUUCACAGUGAAAAGCAUGAAAAUGAAACUGAUUUAUGUGAUAUGAAGAAGAAAAUUCUAUUGUAAUUUUUUGUAAAUAACUUCUGGAAAAGAAGAAAUGAAAUAAAGAAAGAAAAACAUGUUCACUUUAGGGAAUUUUUCAAGGCACAAAGAAUAAAAAAAGAAAGAAAAA